CGUCCCGCCGCAGGAGGGUGGAGGCAGCCCGCUGCCGCCGGGGGAAGAUGGCGGCUGCUGAGGUGGCGGCGCUGCGUCUUUCGCGGCAGGAGCAGGAGCUGCGCUGGCUGACGGCGGAGGUCGGCCGGCUGAAGGAGCAGGACGUGCCGUGCUGCCCCGAGACCUGCAGCCCCGAGCUGCAGCGGCUGAGGGCCGAGAACGAGAAGCUGCGCUACCGCCUCCUGCACCUGCGCCGCAGCCUGGAGGCCGAGCUGGGGAGGGCAGCGCCGGCGGAGCCCCCAGCCGGCAACGAGACAGUCUUGAGUGCAAGUCCAGCUGUUGUGGUGAAUCAAAAUAAAGAGGAAAAGAAAAAAGAAAAAGAAGCUGUCAACCAACAUCGGAACGAUCUACAGUGUGAGCCAAGCUUUAUAGAAGACAGACUGAAGCUUUAUGAAGCACUGAAAAAAGAACAUGAUACUUUGCUAGCUUACCGAGCGGCCAACCAGAGCAAACCUAUCAAAAUUAUUCUGACAGAUGGAAAGAUAGCUGAAGGAGAAUCUUGGAAAACCACGCCAUAUCAAUUAGCUGUAGGAAUUAGUCAAGGGUUGGCUUCAAAUACAAUCAUAGCCAAAGUGAAUGGUGAAUUGUGGGACCUGGAUCGUCCACUGGAGGGAGAUUGUACCCUGGAGCUGCUUAUGUUUGAUAAUGAAGAAGCAAAAGCUGUUUAUUGGCAUUCAAGUGCGCAUAUUCUUGGAGAGGCCAUGGAAGGUUAUUUUGGGGGCUGCUUAUGCUAUGGACCACCAAUUGAGAAUGGAUUUUAUUACGACAUGUAUAUUGAAGAUAGAGGUGUAUCCAGUACUGAAUUCCCACUACUAGAGAAUCGCUGUAAAAAUAUCAUAAAAGAGAAGCAGGCUUUUGAAAGGCUGGAAGUCAAAAAGGAGAUCCUGUUAGACAUGUUUAAGUAUAACAAGUUUAAGUGUCGUAUCCUUAAUGAGAAGGUGAACACACCAACUACCACAAUAUACAGAUGUGGUCCACUGAUUGAUCUCUGCAGGGGUCCACAUGUGAGACACACUGGAAAAAUUAAGGCCCUUAAAAUACUUAAGAAUUCCUCUACGUAUUGGGAAGGCAAGUCUGACAUGGAAACUCUGCAGAGAAUAUAUGGAAUAUCCUUUCCUGAUAACAAAAUGAUGAAGGAAUGGGAAAAAUUCCAGGAAGAAGCCAGAAACCGGGAUCAUAGGAAAAUUGGAAAGGAGCAAGAACUGUUCUUCUUUCAUGAUCUGAGUCCUGGAAGCUGCUUUUUCCUCCCCAGAGGUGCCUUUCUUUAUAACACACUUGUGGAUUUCAUACGAGAGGAAUAUCACAGGCGUAAUUUUACUGAAGUUGUAUCUCCAAACAUUUUCAACAGUAAACUCUGGGAAGCUUCAGGACACUGGCAGCACUACAGUGAAAAUAUGUUCUCUUUUGAGAUCGAGAAGGAAACUUUUGCCCUUAAACCGAUGAAUUGUCCAGGACAUUGCUUGAUGUUUGCCCAUCGUCCACGAUCCUGGAGGGAAAUGCCUCUUAGACUUGCAGAUUUUGGAGUUCUUCACCGAAACGAACUCUCUGGGACUUUAAGUGGCUUGACUCGUGUAAGGCGCUUCCAACAAGAUGAUGCUCACAUCUUUUGCACAAUAGAACAGAUUGAAGAAGAAAUUAAUGGCUGUCUUGAGUUCUUGAAGUCAGUGUAUGCUGUCUUUGGUUUUACCUUUCAACUACAUCUCUCUACAAGACCAGAAAAUUAUCUGGGAGAGUUAGAGGUCUGGGACCAUGCAGAAAAGCAACUUCAAAACAGCUUGGAUAACUUUGGAGAGCAAUGGAAUUUGAAUCCGGGAGAUGGAGCAUUUUAUGGUCCUAAGAUUGAUAUUAAAAUCAAAGAUGCCAUUGGCAGGUACCAUCAGUGUGCUACUAUCCAACUUGACUUCCAACUACCCAUUCGAUUUAAUCUUACUUAUGUUGGUAAGGAUGGCGAUGAUAAGAAAAGGCCAGUGAUUAUUCACAGAGCUAUUUUGGGAUCUGUGGAGAGAAUGAUAGCUAUUCUAGCAGAAAAUUAUGGAGGAAAAUGGCCAUUCUGGCUGUCUCCACGGCAGGUCAUGGUUGUGCCUGUGGGACCUACUUCUGAAGAGUACGCCCGUCAGGUUUGCAGUGAAUUUUUUGAAGCAGGAUUUAUGUCAGAUGUGGAUCUAGAUCAAAGUUGCACAUUAAACAAGAAAAUUAGAAAUGCACAGCUGGCCCAGUAUAACUUUAUCUUAGUGGUUGGAGAAAAGGAGAAGGCAAAUAACGCUGUCAACGUGCGAACAAGAGACAACAAAGUUCAUGGAGAGAUUUCGGUAUCUUCUGCUAUUGAAAAGCUCAAGAAAUUUAAGAGUUCACAUAUUCCAAAUGCAGAAGAAGAAUUCUGAUGUUGCUGGUUCCGGGGGGGGGGCAGAGAAGUGUUAGCUGCCCAUGUGAAAUGGUGUUUCUUUCCUCCUGUACAGCAGUAACGCUCAUCUGAGAGAAUUUUCAGUUAACGUAUACACAAAAUAAGCAAAUGUAGCAAUGUUGGUGCUCCAGAAACAGCAGGAGAGGACAGAUGCAACUGCCAACUCCUUUGACAAUCCCAUGGGAUUCCCAUCUGCGAGAGUUGCAGGAUGCUUAUUUUAAAAGUCCUACACCUCUGCUAAAGUGCAUUGGUUUUGCUGUGGGAAUAAAUCAGGGCUGCACAAAGUCAAGGAACAGGAGGUUGGGAAGUGUAGUGGCUGCUGCUGCGAUUGCUGAGCUACCUCUGGAAUCCAGAGCUUGGCAGUUGGUAGGUGUGUCGGGAGCAUUUUGGUUUAGGUUUUUUCUAAUUCCCGAUUAUGUAACUUACUUUUUGGGGGUGGGGGGGAACAGCUCACUUCUUCCUGAACUUGUGUUCAAAGGCUACAAAUACAUUGGCGCCUUUGUUGGAAGUCUCGGUGAAACAAGGCACUGAUUGAGUUGGUGUGCUAAUUGGUUGCUGUAAAGGUGAUUGCCAAGAAUGAAGUUGAAUUGCCA